CAGUUCUUGAAUAAAUUCAUUCCGAUUUUGUAGUGAAGUGAAACAGUUAGUUUCUUAUUGAAUUCGUGAAAUUUAUUAAUCAAACUUUUGAUCAAAUUCGUUGUGUUUUUAAGACGCAAGCUUUUGAGUUGUAUUGCUAAUUCAUACAUCACCUAAAGUAAAAAAAAAAACAGUAAAUAUGUCUGAUAAACCAAAGCGUCCUCUAUCCGCAUACAUGCUAUGGCUAAACAGUGCACGCGAACAAAUUAAGCGCGAAAACCCCGGUAUUAAAGUGACUGAAGUCGCGAAAAAGGGCGGAGAAUUAUGGCGUGCAAUGAAGGACAAAUCGGAAUGGGAAGCAAAGGCUGCAAAGGCCAAGGAGAAUUACGAAGAUGCUGUAAGAGAAUUUGAAGCGAAUGGCGGUAGCUCUGCAAAUGGCACCACCAAGAAGCGUGGUAAGGCGGCGAAAAAACCCGCCAAAAAGAGCAAGAAGGCUGAAUCUGAAGACGAUGAUGAUGAUGAGGACGAAGAAAGCGAUUAAUUUUAGAUGAUAUACUAAAUAAAUCAUAAACACAUCUUUUCAAUAUACAGUAAAAAGAAGACCAGCUUGCCCAUCUGUAACCAUAUCUAUAUAUUCACACAAUACAUCUAUAUUCAUAUAGUAUAUGUCGUAAAAAAGUUGAUUUUUUUUAAACAAGUUUGCACAAAAUUUCAAGUACAUGAAAAACAAAAAGAAAUUCAUGAUAUAAAAAGUCUUUAGUUGUAGUAAAAGUCAUAUGCAAAGUAAUGUAAAAUAAACUUAAAUAAAAAAACUUAUUACAUGGAAAAAGAGCCAUUAUUACACUAAAUAAGAGGUCGUUGAAGCCGUGAAGAAAAAAUAAAAAGUCGAAUAUAUAUAACUGCAUUUAUUUACAUAUACAUUAGUGUAGGUGUAACGAGAAAGGUUGUAUUAAUGCGAAAGGGUUUUUACUUGAAGAAAGUAAAUUUUUAUCUUUGUGUUCAAUAUUGUCAACCAUUCAAAACAAAAAAAAAAAUUUAAGCUGAAGUCCUCAUAUAAUAUAAGCCAAAAAUAACUAAUGUACCAAUAAUUGCACUAAAGGUACGAAUUGUACGGAAACAUUUCUUUUUUAAAUUUUAUUAUUCAAUAUUGUACUAAUUGUUUCACACAAAAACGAGUUAUAUAAACCCAAUCGAAAAAUGUUGAAGGAAAUAAAACGUAAUAAUUUAUUUAUUGGAACGAUUUAUAAUCCCUUAAUAAAGAAUUUUUGAUUAGAAAUAGUUUUGGACCCCUUGAGAGACGUGUCUCGCGUCCCCGCACUUUUAUUAAAUAAAGAAGUUAACAGACA